CCCACUGACGUAGUUUUUGGGGCAUUGUUGAAGCGUGUAGUUGAACGCUUGUACAGAUUUUUAAAUAGCGUUUUUUGGGGGCACAAGUAUUGUUUAGGUAUAAAUAACCAGGUCAUUUAAUAUAAGGCUUUUCGAACAAGUUAUAGGGGCCACCGUUACAUAUAUAUAGACACAUUAGUUUUGUAACAAAGCAUUUGGCCAGACUGCGCGCUAACAAAGCUGUUUCCUUUUACUAAAAAAAAGGCACACAAAGGAAAUGCGGCCGAUUGGUUUGAUAGUAUUAACGGUAGCUGGGGUUGUCUAAACGGUCGAGGGAUACAUGUUUUAGAAUAGCUCGUAAUACACAAGUUACUAUACUUAAAGCUCUGGUGCAACUUUAACUUCUUGGUACUGUUUUAACUGAUUUCGACAUUUUUGGUCAACUGCAAUGCUAUAUCGUUGACGAGUGCUUACUUACCUACACAUUACUAGGUCUAUUCGUGUGCACUAACGUUAUGUGAAGAAUGAAGCUGUCAUGGCGAUAACCGUGAAAAGAAAAAAAUGACUCCUAUCCUGAAAUUAAAAAGAAGGAAGCUAACUGCGAGCUAACUAACGUUUAGGGCUAGUGAUAGCAUUUUGCUGCUAGUGUUGGUUAGCUGUUUUUUUUUUUUUUUUUUUUUAAAGAGGGCGGUUAUCUUACAGUUCUUUUAGUGUCGUCUAUGAUAUGUGGUUUGACUGUUAGUCGACUGUCUAAGGAGUUAGUCCUUGUGUCUAGAAACGAUUUCUAUCGAACCAGCGUUACAGUAUUUGCAGAAAGGUGUAGUUAGCAUUUGGCUAAUUAGUUAGCUGGGCUAAAGCUAACGGCAGCCAGCAGUUAUUGCUACUGAAGUGACAGGAAGAGAGCGAACAGCGGGGUAACGUUAUCUUUUCUUCGAGACUAACAAUGGCAACCCCUACAAACGAGGCCUUGUUCUUGAUAAAGGAUGUGAAGCCGGGGUCGAAAAAUCUGAAUAUUGUAUUCAUCGUUUUGGAAAUAGGACGAGUAACCAAAACAAAAGAUGGUCAUGAGGUGCGGUCCUGCAAGGUUGCAGACAAGAGCGGGAGCAUUGCCAUCUCUGUUUGGGAUGAACUCGGCAGCCUCAUUCAGCCAGGAGAUAUCAUCAAGCUGACCAGAGGCUAUGCAUCCAUAUGGAAAGGCUGCCUGACCCUAUACACUGGAAGAGGAGGGGAUCUACAGAAGAUUGGAGAGUUUUGCAUGGUGUAUUCAGAAGUGCCCAACUUCAGCGAACCAAACGCAGAGCUGCUAUCCCAAACGAACCAGCAAAACAAGUCUGGUAAACCAGACCAGAAUCAGAGGGGAAACUCUCCACCCAAUCAGAAUUCAGGUACACCCGCCCCACCAGGUAACGGUGCCAUGCCGCCAUUUAACAACAAUAACAACCCACCACCUGGUGCACCCCGUGACCCUGCAUUUGGGGGCGUUGGACGACCCAACGGUCGGUCACCUGGCAAUGGAGCUCCUCCAGUUACUGUUGCUGGACCCCAGACAGCCGCAAAGUCUUCAGUUACCAUUAGCAAUGGCAGGGACCCACGGCGUGCCAAAAGAUGAAACUGGGGUUAGGGGGAUCAUGUAGGGAAGUUCUGUAUGUCCCCAUUUCCCCCUACCCCUGUUUUUUUUUUUUUGUUUUGUUUUUUUAAACCUUUCUGCCUCUUCCCCAUCUCACCUGAUAUUGGCUUUCAAAAUAAUGAAAUAAAUUAGAGUACUUGCAUAAUUUUUAUACAGGCUAACAUAGUCAGAUGUGUCGUUUGUCAUAUGUAAGUAGUGCUCUGUUAGCAGCACAGUAUGAUUGUGAUCUGCCACUUGAUGCACUAGCAGGACUUCUUGGAACAGUCAGGCCUUGGUGGUUGAGUUGUGGUCAGCCUUCUCAGUCUACACCCAUGUCCUCUAAAUCUCACCGCAAAUUGCCAGUUUUGUGCCAGUGUUAUCUCCUCCACACACUAGCCUAACCCCCUCCUUUCCCUGUUAUGUUUCAAACUAUACACCCUACUUGAACACUUGAUGCACUUUCUUCUCUUAAUUUAUGGCGGGAAAACCUGGCUAUCAUUUAAAUCAGGAAAUCUGUUUCUGCUUUUUUUUUUUUUAGUGGAAAAGGCCUUAAGUUGGUGAAAAUGAAUUCUUGGACUGAAUGCACAAGCAAAAUUCUUCAAAGGGUCUUUCCUCUCUAACCAAACUGUAUCUGAAGUGACUCUGUGAAAGGAAAGGUGUUAGUUUUGGAUUUUUAAUGAUGGGUAGGUAGAGUAUUAAACUGUUUUUUCAUAAGACUUUUUUUUUUUUCUUGUUUGCCAUCAGUUGUACCUUCAUCAAGGUGGGACCACUUUAAUACUGGCAAAACGGUUCACCGAAUAAAUUUUACAGCAAUUCUGCUGCCACA